GGUUGAGGCGGAGCGCGGGGGGAGCUUGGCGAGCUGCCGGGGGCGAAGCGAGGCGUGCCGCGGCCGGAGGAGGCGCGGAGCGAGCCGGCCGCCCCACACUGCUGCCGCCGGAGAGGGACCCGGGCUCGGCCGGGCUGCUGCAAGCUGAUGGAGUACAGUGUCUCCUAUUAUUAAAAAAAUAUGGAUUCUGAGCAAAGAGUGGUGUAGCUGUAGUUACACUGAGCUUUGGAAAAUGAAAGCGGUUGCUUCUCACUGGCACUGGACAUAUUCAUAGGACCAUUUCUGGGUGAGAGCCUGUCAGUGUAACAGGUACGGUUCCUCAGAGAUGUUUACUGAUGAGCAGUGACUGGUGAUUAGCUUGUAAGGACUCAAUCUGGUAUUUCAAGAUCUUCAGGAGUUGACAGCAAAGGCAAAAUCAUAUUGGCUCUUCUGUAAUAGCAUAAAAAAUGGCAUUUCAGAAGGCAGUGAAAGGAACUGCUCUCAUUGGAGGAGGUGCCAUAGCAACAGUUUUUGGCCUCUCUCAAUUUUCUCAGUAUAGAAACAAACACGGUACCUUUGUGCGUGUUCAAGCUGCAGAAGCUGUGACUGUUCCAAUAAAGAAACAUUUCCCCACAAGAGAAGAACAAAUUCUGGCUCUGCAAACCACAGGUGAAUUUGAUGUCCUUGUUAUAGGCGGCGGAGCGACGGGAUGUGGCUGUGCUUUAGAUGCAGUCACUAGAGGACUAAAAACAGCCCUUCUAGAAAGAGAUGAUUUCUCAUCGGGGACCAGCAGCAGGAGUACUAAAUUGAUCCAUGGUGGAGUGAGAUAUCUUCAGAAGGCCAUCAUGAAGUUGGAUUUUGAGCAGUACAAGAUGGUGAAAGAAGCGCUUGAGGAGCGUGCAAACCUGCUUGAAAUUGCUCCUCACCUAUCAGCUCCUUUGCCAAUAAUGCUACCUGUUUACAAAUGGUGGCAAUUGCCAUACUACUGGUUUGGAAUAAAACUCUAUGACUUCGUGGCAGGAAGUCAGUGUCUGAGAAGUAGUUACGUGCUCAGCAAGACAAGAGCCUUGGAGCUCUUUCCAAUGCUACGUAAAGACAAGCUUGUUGGAGCUAUUGUCUACUAUGACGGACAGCACAACGACGCACGGAUGAACCUCGCCAUCGCCCUCACUGCUGCCAGGUACGGCGCUGCCACCACCAAUUACACUGAAGUGCUGCGCUUGCUCAAGACGACAGACCCGGCCAGCGGGAAGCAGCGUGUGUGCGGGGUGCGCUGCAGGGACGUCCUAACAGGGCAGGAAUUUGAUGUCAAAGCCAAAUGUGUUAUCAAUGCUACGGGACCUUUCACAGACUCUGUGCGCAAAAUGGAUGAUCAGGAAGUACCAAACAUCUGUCAGCCAAGUGCAGGCGUGCAUAUUGUGAUGCCUGGUUAUUACAGCCCUGGUAACAUGGGUCUGCUUGACCCAGCCACCAGUGACGGCAGAGUGAUCUUCUUCCUGCCGUGGGAGAAGAUGACCAUCGCAGGGACCACAGACAGCCCCACUGAUGUCACUUCCCACCCCAUACCAACGGAAGAAGAUAUCAACUUCAUUUUGAAUGAAGUGCGCAACUACCUUAGUGUUGACGUUGAAGUGAGAAGAGGAGAUGUGCUGGCAGCAUGGAGUGGCAUUCGUCCCCUGGUCACAGACCCCAACUCCAAAGACACGCAGUCAAUUUGCCGGAAUCACAUCGUUAACAUCAGUGAGAGCGGCCUUGUCACCAUAGCAGGUGGGAAGUGGACAACGUACCGCUCCAUGGCGCAGGACACCAUUGACGCAGCUAUCCAGGCACACCAUCUGAACGCAGGCUCCAGCAGGACCAUUGGACUGCAGCUAGAAGGGGCUGAGGACUGGAGUCCCACUCUCUACAUUAGGUUGGUCCAAGACUAUGGACUUGAAAGUGAGGUGGCUCAGCAUCUAGCUUCAACAUACGGUGACAAGGCUUAUGAGGUGGCCAAAAUAGCCCAGGUUACAGGAAAGAGGUGGCCUAUCGUUGGAAAACGUCUUGUGUCUGAAUUUCCUUAUAUUGAAGCUGAGGUUGUCUAUGGUGUUAAAGAGUAUGCUCGCACGGCAGUGGAUAUGAUUUCCCGACGUACUCGCCUGGCCUUUCUGAACGUGCAAGCUGCAGAGGAGGCCCUGCCAAGGAUUGUAGAAAUCAUGGGCAAAGAACUCAACUGGAGUGAGCAGAAAAAAAAGGAAGAACUUGAAGCUGCUAAGAAAUUUCUCUAUUAUGAAAUGGGCUACAAAGUAAAAUCUGAUCAAUUAACAGACAGCUCUGAAAUCAGUCUAGUGCCUUCAGAUAUUGAAAGGUACAAGAAGCGAUUCCACAUGUUUGACAAGGAGAAGAAAGGGUUUAUUACUAUACUGGAUGUGCAGCGUGUCUUGGAGAGCAUCAGUGUGCAAAUUGCUGAAAACACACUUCAUGAUAUUCUCAAUGAAGUGGAUCUGAACAAAAACGGACAGGUUGAGCUCAACGAGUUUCUGCAGCUGAUGAGCGCCAUCCAGAAGGGGCACGUCUCGGGGAGCCGGCUGGCUGUGCUGAUGAAGACGGCGGAGGAGAACCUGCGCCAGAGGAUGGUGAUCCCGGUGGACCGCAGUGGCGGCGGGGUGUGAGCCAGCUCAGAGCCGGCCCCGCUCACAGACAUUCCAGUGCUUCUCAUCGCCCUCGCCUGUCCCAGGUGACCAGUACCUGCCCGUCGCUGUAGCUCAUACAAAAACACAUUGGUACAUUUGUUUUCGUUAUUAAUGAUUUUCAGUACAGCUCUUAAUGCUCCAGCAUGUGGCCUUGUGGAUUGGGUGUGCUUUAGGGGCAGGGGUUUAUUAACUAGAGUUCAGGAAUGCAGCGUAGAAGGAUCUGGGUGCACACACAAGCACGUGCGUGCACCUGCUGCCUUGUUCAUUAACUUUUGUAUUGCCUUCAACGAGAGCAAUGCUCAGAAAGUGAAUCCUGCCCUUAAAUGGAUUGCCUUUGGUUUUGCCUCUAUGCAUUUAGUAUGGAAAAGCUGCUCAUCUGUCCUCUUCGGCAGAGAGCAAGAGAGGGAAAGCUGAUGUUCUGGAUUGGAGGUGGUACAACAAAAGAGACAAGACUGAGGCAGGGGUGACAGAACUGCCGUGAGCCUCCUGUGGGUGGGUGGUUUUGCUGUUAUUUCAGUGGUACCAACACUUGGCCAGACAAGAAAAUAUCAGCGGUACGAAGCUGGAAAACAACGAGACAUCUUGAUUAAUCACCCAAGCUAAUAAUUUAGUUAAAAGCUAGGGGACAGCUUUCCUUUCUCUCAUAUUAAUAAAAGCAAGCUUCCUUCAGGUGUUGGUUUAUGCUGUCGAGUGCUUGGUGUGGUUUCCAGCUUUGGACAAACGCUGCUGAUGCACAGGGUACGGCAGGGUUUGAUUGCAUGGCAGCCUUAAUUGUCUCUUUAAAAAUGCUCAAACACAAAGUGAAACAGUGACAUUUGGUUUGCAUUCCCCUAACUUCUCUAUAAACAUCAAAGGGCUAUUUUUCAGCAGAUUAAGGGAAAAGGAAGAAAAUGAGGAGCCCUCAGUUGAGCUGCUUUCCACACGUGUGCCUGGCUGUUUGCCUUUCUGUUGUUAGGCUGGCUAGGUUCAAGGUCAGGUGGAAGAUUUCUGCCUAACGUUGACCAAGGCAGGGAAAAACAUAAGAGUGGUUUAUUGACAGAUUUGUCAUUCUGUUCUAUUCUUUGAGCAUAAACACCAGCUUACAGCCCAAAACAAGCUUCGGUUCCAAGGUGUCAGAAUUUCUACUUGUGUACAGUGCUGCAUUUUAACUGAUGUCACCACUUCACUAAUGGCAAACAGCAGCACAGGAACGAACAGCAGUGAUUGCUUUGAUUUUUGAAAAGGAAAAUGAUUACAUACGCAAAAGAGAGAUACUGAGGGGUGUUAGUCUGUAGCACAGUGAGCACAGAUGCUGUGUUUGGCUGGAGAGGCAGAGUCCUUGAAAACGAAAAAUGCAGAGGUUUAAAAAUACAGUAGAUUUAAAAAAACAAACCCAGAGGGUUUGAGCCUUUGCAAGGCUCAUUGAAAAUGCAGCAAAUGGUUCUAAUUCUGUCCAUCCAAGCAGCUGGUAUGGUCUGGAGGAAGGAGACAUCUCAGGUAAAAUGCCUUUCAGAUGGUUUCUGCAUGUUAAGUUUAUUCUGAUGCUGCCUUGUGCCAAAAAGCAGAGUGUGAAGGGUUAUGGCUCUGUGGCCUCGAGCCCCGUGCCAGCGAGGCACAGCCUGUGUGCGUGGGCAGGCAGCACAGCUCACAGCGUGAAGGGAUCUGUUGUGAACAAAGGGGUUUGUUUCUGUCAUCCAGUAAACUUUUCUUUCUGAAACACAUUCCAGUGCGUUCAGGUGAAGUAGGUAAUGUCUGCCACAGCUUCGUAGUCCCAAACCCCCUUUCAGGUAGGCACACGGUCACGGAUGUUACACGUGCUGCAGAACUGGAGGGAAAUGAAUGUACAAUGCACGGGGUACCCUGGUUCAGUGAGCUCAGGGAAGGGGGUGGGAUUCCACCAUUUAAAAGGGAAAAAACCAAAAGUAAUGAUACCUUUUCCAGGCCACAUAGAGAUAUUUACAAUUUGUAACAUCUCCUGUAUGGUUCAAAUAAAACUUGUCCUGCACGCCUCCAUAAACGGCACUGUUAAGAAUGAAUGAUACAAGUUUACCUGUAAAGCCAGGAUCUUCUGCUGUGUACCCAAAGCGUGCUCCCUGUUCUCUUGUUCGAGGAAUAUUGCAUACAGAACAUGACUUUGGGAUUUUCUUGGCUCUGUGUGUGUCCACGGCUGCGGGUUUGCUUUGCAUCUUAGGCACUUUACUGUCAUGCUUCCCUGCUCUUCUGUACGGCACAGCGAGCCCUUGUAUGACUACCUUGUGUAACAAGAGGAGAUUGCAUGUGUGACUUAAAACGGCUGCUUCCAUGUGGGGGUGGGGGGGAAAUCUAGAAAUGUUUAUUUAUCACCUCACGUUUGUUUCAGGAAUGUCGCUUUUCUCGUGGGUUGGGGUUUUUUGUCCACGUGAAUGUACUGUAGCAAGAGUUGUAAAAUGUCACUGCCUUGCAUUGUUCUGAUCCUAGGUGGGAAAACAGGACCGUGGUGGUGUUAUUUUUCCUUUUCCUUUUGGAGAGGGGAGCUGGCUUUCUGGAGGGAGGGGUUAUUUCGUGCUUUAAACACACUGCAGGCAGAGGGGCAGCGUGUCCGUGUGGGUUGUGUGUGUGUGUGUGUAUGGACACGCGUGCCCACACACAAACACCCCGCCUGCUCCCCACGUGGCACUUACCUCUCUGUUAGGUUCCUGUUCUUGGCUGAACUGUUAAAUGCUGUGUUUUGAGGCUGGGUUGUCAUUUUUAUAACUGUCUUGGUGUUUUACUGCCGUUAUUUAUUACUUUUGAUAUACAGAAUGAGCCGCAUGCAUUUAUAGAGCAAUAAGAGGAUGUAUUUAAUGUGCCUUGUUUUUAACGGAGUAAGAAGUGAAAGCAUGAAUCAAUAAAACGGAUUAAAAAGGG